AUCAAACAAUAUUCUACACUGACUUAACAAAUAUAUACAAUUUUAUAAUCAUACGCAUUUAUAAAUCUUUUUUAAAGUAUAAAAUUCAGUUGGGAUCAAAACCAAAAUGUCGGAAACAUUUCAACGUGAGUUAAGCGCAACACAAAAACCCCUCGGACCGCAAGAAGUGAUCGUUGAAGAAAUAUCAGACAAUGAAGACUCAAGCCAAGGCUCUUCAUCAUCAGAAGAAGAAAAAAUUCCUCUCAUCCGAGCGGAUUUACCACCAGAAUACUGGCAUAUUCAAAAAUUGGUUAAAUACAUGAAAGCAGGCAACCAAACAGCCACAGUCAUCUCAUUAUGCUGCUUAAAAGAUCAUAACCUUUGCGAUCUUAUCAAUCAAAGCGCUAUUCAGGAUGUGGGUGGCCUAGAAAUACUAGUAAAUCUUCUUGAUACAGAAGACAUUCAAUGCAAACUAGGCGCACUGAAUGUCCUAAAAGAAUUAUCACAGAAUCUAGAAAUUAAACGAUGCAUUACUGAUUUGGGCGGAGUUAAGCUACUGCUUAACAAUUUGAUUAUCCCAGCAAAAGAUUUGCAGAUGUUGGUUGGUGAAACUUUGUUUAAUUUAGCGCAGAUAAGAAAAGCGCGGAAACACGUUCGAAAAUACGAAGGUAUUCCGAUGUUGGCUGAUUUGUUAGACGUGAGCGAAAGUGUAUUGAUGACGCCUUUUGAUGAAUUAACUCGCGAAGCGCAGGAUGCUUUGGGUGUGGUUAGGGCAGCUGCGCGUGCGCUUUGGUCCACUGCGCAAAGCGAUAAGAAUAUUCUUGUCAUGAUGAAAGCAGGUAUUAUUGCUUUAAUCUCCAAAUUAUUAUGUUGUGUUCAUAUGGACGUAAUAAUACCCUCAGUGGGUAUAAUAGCGCGUUGUGCGCAUGAUCCAAGCUAUCAACUAGCGAUACAAACCGAAGGAAUGAUAAAAGACAUUGUUAAACACUUGAGUAAUCAAGAUGAGCCUCAAUUAAGGCGGUAUUGCGCUGAGAUUAUCUUCAAAUGUUCAGAAGAUGCUAUUACAAGAGAUAUGGUGCGUCAAGCGGGUGGUUUAGAUCCAUUGGUAGCCAUGGCAAACGACGCCACCUGUCGGGAGGAUAAGAAUCUACUAGCGGCUGUUACAGGCGCCAUCUGGAAGUCCGCCAUUAGUCCGGAGAAUGUCGAUCGGUUUAAUCAACUUAAAACCGUUGAAAUUUUAGUUCAAUUGUUAGAAAACGUUGAUGAGCGUGAAGAAGUUUUAUCAAAUUCAGUCGGUGCAUUGUCUGAAUUAAUGCGUCACGAAGAGAACCGUUCGGUUUUGUUACGCUGCGGCGGAAUCCCUCUGUUGGUGAAUUUACUAAACUAUACAUAUCCGCCAUUAUUAGAAAACGUGUCAAUGGUGCUUCGAGAAUCAGCAAACGAUGAAGAUUCCAUGCGUAUCAUCGAAGAAUUAGAUGGAGUACGCUUAAUUUGGUCAUUAUUAAAAAAUCCACAUCCAAUUGUACAAGCAAACGCAUGUUGGUCUUUGGUACCGUGCAUAAAAUACGCUCUAGAUUCCGGUGAAAUGGUGCGUAGUUUUGUCGGUGGCUUGGAAUUGAUUGUAAAUCUACUAAAAAGUACAAAUACAACGGUUCUGGCAUGUUGCUGUGCUGCAUUAGCAGAGGUAGCUCAAGACAGAGAGAAUCUAGGCGUAAUUACUGACCAUGGCGUUGUUAAAUUAUUAGUUAACCUUGUCACAACCGAUGAUAAGUUGCUCCGUGAACAUUUGGCACGUGCUAUUGCGUAUUGUUGUUCAUGGGGAUCGAAUUGUAAAAUGUUUGGCAGAUUAGGUGCCAUAACCCACCUUGUAGGCUACAUGGCAUCUAAUGAUGUCAACACACAUCGCAACACCGCAGUUGCUUUGUAUUACCUAUCAAAGAAUUCGUUUAAUUGUAUCACGAUGCAUGAAUGCGGAGUGGUGCCAUUUUUACUACGAUCGGUUGCGUCUGAAGACCGUGAGUUACAGGAAGCAUGCGCUGGAUGCCUGGCUAAUAUUAGAAGAUUAGCUUUGGAGGCUGAAACUUAUCAUUUGAUCACGCGUGGUCAACCUCCGGAGAGUACUACCACUGAAGAAGGAGAACAACUUUUACCAGCGAAAGAAAUUUAAUUAUCGAUGUGCAGUUUAAAGAUUAAUGAGAUUUGUUUAAUAGAAAUGACCUUGAGUGUCA